UCAUGCGUGUCUGUUAGUUAGAGGAGAAUGUCACGAGUAGUUACUCUGUGGAGGACGUCAAAUCCUUGACCUUACCAAUGUGGCUGAAUCAGAGUUCUACAAAUACUUCCUGAUAAUAGUGACGUGAAGACAGAUGAACCCAGUAGUAAUGUUGCCCUUGUAAACAGAAGCAGCGUUGCAGUGACUCGGUUUUCAGCGUGCAUGUGUGCCUUCGAUAAUCAGGGGAAUUUGUAUCUGUGCGUAUACUUUGUUGAUAAGAGAGUACAAGAUUGUCGUAUAAAUAUAUCCGGUAUGACCGCUGCAAGAUUAUGAAGACGAAUCAAAGAGCGUACCCACUGCAAGAUGAAAUAGCCUGUCAUAAACUCCACCGUGCAUUAGUGUAGGUUUACGUUAUACGAUUCAUUAGCCUGAUUGCCGGUGCGUUUGGUCAGAACAGGUCCUUGCCAGUGUCGUGUGUUUCACAUAUGGCAUUGACACGAUAGCCUAGCAUUAGCCUGCAACGUUAGUUUUACCCGUCUGUCGUCCCUAAUGGAUACUCGUCAAGAUAAACAGACAAAGGUCCCAAAGUGGCCGCGGAUGACAAAGUUCACUUUGUCUGCAUGUGCAGCUUCGGUUGCUGAACUGGUCACAUUCCCGCUGGAUCUGACUAAAACAAGGCUACAGGUGCAAGGCGAAGCAGCCCUCCGGCGUGCUGGCGUCGCGUCCACCACCCAGCCUACCUAUAGGGGUAUGAUCCGCACGGCCAUUGGCAUCGUACAAGAGGAGGGACCUUUGCAACUGUGGCGAGGCGUCACACCAGCAAUCUAUAGACAUGUUGUGUAUUCUGGUGGACGGAUGCUGGCCUAUGAGCAGCUCAGGGAGUCUGUGCUGGGGAGAAACACAGACGGAAGUUUCCCCCUCUGGAAAGCAGCGAUGGGGGGCAUGUUAGCCGGCGCCUUGGGCCAGUUCCUGGCGAGCCCCACGGACCUGGUGAAGGUCCAGAUGCAGAUGGAGGGGAGACGCGCUCUGGAGGGAAAGGAACCCAGAGUGCGCGGUGUUCACCACGCCUUCAUGAAGAUCUUCUCCGAGGGCGGCGUCCGGGGCCUCUGGGCAGGAUGUGUACCCAAUGUCCAGCGAGCUGCCCUGGUCAAUCUAGGAGAUCUCACCACGUAUGAUACUGUGAAGCACUUUCUACUGAGAAAUACCCCAGUGGAAGACAACAGCAUAUGCCACUCACUGGCCAGCAUCUGCUCUGGCUUGGUGGCUGCUACCAUGGGAACGCCAGCUGAUGUGGUCAAGACAAGAAUCAUGAACCAGCCCAGAGAUCCGCAGGGAAGGGGCCUCUUGUACAAGUCUUCCAUUGACUGCCUGAUCCAGUCAGUGAGGGGAGAAGGGUUCUGGUCGCUUUAUAAAGGCUUCCUACCUACCUGGAUGAGAAUGGCUCCCUGGUCCAUGACCUUCUGGUUGACCUUCGAGCAGAUUCGGAAGACCAUGGGUAUCUCCUCAUUCUAAAGCAUGCUGCCAAACUAGAAGCUUAUUUUUAACACGAAAUACCUCGUAGACAACACAGCAGGCCAUCAGUCUUUCAAACCUGGAAGACAAAGGGACCCCAGCCUUCAAUUCUCUUGUAAAUGUGUGUAUAGCUGUCUAUGAGAAGGACAUUGAAACAGGGGCAAUAAAGUGGCCAAAUGCAAA